AUGCCCGCAGUACCUUCACGAAUAUUGUUGGGUCCGGGACCGAGCAACGUAAGCCCCAGUGUGUUGCAGGCAAUGAUGCAGCCGAUGAUUGGCUACAUGGACCCGGACUUCAUGCUGAUUAUGGAUGAGGUCAGAGAGCUCCUGAAACGCGUAUAUCAGUCUGAUACGGCGAACACUCUGGCUAUAUCGGGCACAGGUUCGGCUGGCAUGGAAGCAGGCCUAAGCAGCCUACUGGAGCCGGGCGACACUGUUGUGAUGUGCAUAUAUGGCUUCUUCUGCGAACGUAUGGUGGAAAUGGCGAACCGCGUUGGAGCUAAUGUAGUGCCGCUCCGAGCAGAGUGGGGACGUCCUUUCCCCGAAGAGAUGCUUGAGGCGGAACUCACCAAGCAUAGCAAUGUGAAAAUGGUGACCGCAAUACACGCGGAGACAUCCACCGGAGUGCGCCAACCGAUUGGCGGGUUGGCCCGAAUAGCCAAAGAGAAUGACGCCUUAUUCAUGGUAGAUACAGUAACCUCGCUUGGCGGCAACGAGGUGGCCUUUGAUGAGUGGAACGCGGACUACGCCUAUUCGGCAACCCAGAAGUGCCUCGGCUGUCCGCCGGGACUUUCGCCAGUUAGCAGUAAGCGACCGUGCGAUUGA